AUGUCUACAAAUUAUAUUAAAGAUGAAGAAUCUGUGAUUCAGAGACUCGUAUCGAACAUGGCUCCUCACGGGACCAAAGUAUACCUCGUCACUUUAGGGGAAUUAGAAGCCGAUGCUUCUUGGUUUUUGGAAGGAGCAAAUUCCCAAACUAAAAGCCAAUAUGAUCAAGGCAUAGUUCCGUCUCAUAAAAGAGUUCGACUUCAGAUGUAUUCUGUUCUUAUAGAUCAUCCCAAUGAGGGUCUCAUAUUGUACGAAGUGGGCCCAGGUAAGGCAGGGUGGAAAGAAAAAUGGGGAGAUCAAAUAUUGGAUAACUUUUGUGCUCCUGAAGAGGGACAGGGUCAAUCAUUGGAUAUUGCACUAAAUUCUCUCGGGUAUGAUAUAAAAGAAGUCAAGCAUGUUAUUAUUGGUCACCUUCAUAUUGAUCAUGCUGGGGGGUUGGAGUUUUUUGCUGAUACAGAAACACAGAUUUGGGUUCAUGAAAUCGAGCUUAAACAUGCUUUUUGGGGAGUGGCUACGAAAAGCGAACUCGGUUCAUAUUUGCCUUACUAUCUCUAUUUAAAUUUAAAUUGGAACACUUUUCCUGACGAAACUCUUGACUUGUUUCCUGGUUUGACUCUUCAUUUGGCGGGAGGUCACACUCCAGGACUAACUAUUCUAGAAGUCAACCUAGAGAGAGAUGGAACAUUUAUCUUCACAUCAGACCACGCUAUUAUUAAAGAAAACUAUGAGAAUGGUGGUCAUAAACAAGGCUGGUUAAUGAGAGAUCAUGUUGCUUGGUAUAACUCCACCCAAAGAAUUAGAAGACUACAAAGGUUAACCAACGCAACAGUUGUAUUUGGUCACGAUUUACUGACUGUGAAAACUCUUUUGGAAGAGAAAUUUUAUUUUAGUUAG